UCCUGCCGUUGUGUCUCAGCAUCUUCCAAUCUGUGGGGAUACAAAAUGUUUAAACGGCUGACCAAGCAGCUUAUAAAAGAGCUGGGCUCAGAAAGGAAGCUGAUACCUGUGACUAGCCAGGUACUCACCGAUAGCUUCCAGCCUCUCUCUCUGGUGACUAAAGAGCAAUCCAGGUUUCCUUGGAAUACGCGGAAGUAUUCCCCAACCCCUUUCAAACUGGUGGAUGUGCUCGAGAAAGGAGCAGAGGUGGAAAUAGAACUGAAACACUCCGAACCACUUCUGUUCUCUGCAAACAUCUGCCACAAAUCUGGAGCCAGAUUGAACCUCAAGAUACAGACUGCCGCAGUGGAUAUCGGCGGCUUGGGCUUGGCCUGCUUGUCUUCCUCUCCGAUAGCUGUGAGGAAAACCUAUGUGGACAUCAGGGAGCUGUGGAAAAUGGUGCCAUCCCUCAGUCUUCUCCAGCAACUCUACCCUAAGCUGCAUCUCUACGUUGUGACGGAGGCUUUUGAGAUAAUGGAGCCGCUUCUGAUUGAGGAGACUGUCCAAGCAGGAGGCAAGGGAACGGUGACAGCAGCGGAAAUCUUGACAAUACAGGGCCUGAGCACAACAGUGAAGAAAAAGGCAAUGCUGAUCCCCCGAGGCACAGUGCUGGCCUACGUGGUUGAGAAGCUCCAAACCUACGAUGAAGAACUGGUUUUGCUCUGCCAGCAGCUUCAAACAAAGUUGGUUUCCUCGCUCACGUAUGAUGGUAUGUCAUUCCAGGAUGAGCUGGGCUCCUCAUUAACAGCAUUCCAGGAUGAGCUGGGCUCCUCAUUAACAGCUGUCCAGCAAGUGAAAGACGCCGUCAAAGAGGCAUAUGAGCCGCUGGCGCUCUUGAGCCAGCCUUUGAGGAAGCAGCUUCUGGAAUCCUUUGAAGUUCUCCUGCAGGACGGAGAAGUCGCUUCCACUGUCCACUCGAUGCUGGAGCUUUCUAUGGCAGGAAACAGAGUCGAUCACUCCAUGCUGGAGUCCCUGAAUGAGGAACACCGACCUUCUGUAGAAAAGCUGCUUUGGUGCUUAGGGAUUUCCCAAGACACAGAGAGUGCGAGAAACCAAGAUCUCUGGGGAGCAGUCAACUUCCUUUGUUCUUCUAUAGAUGACUUGGACUAUGAGAUGCUACCCCUGCUGGAUACCAUCCUGGAGAAGAAGAAAAUGACCCAACAGCUGGAGAUGAUGGAUGGCAUUUUGGAGUGGAUUCUUUUUGGCGACGAAGGCAGUGAUUUCGCGAUUCCACACCAUUCCUUGAAGAAUGAAGAAAUUCACCUGGCCAUUGAGGUGCUGCAAACCUGUGGGCUGGAUUUGGAAGCUGGGAAAGACUCCACUGUCUGUCUGUGGAGCAACGAAGCCCGUUCAGAACUGGCUGCUCUGUACUCAAGCUUGUACGCCCUGCAGAUCCUAAGUGGGUGAAGCAGGAAGUAAAACAGAUCCUAAGAAGGCAAAUCUUCUCCCCUGUUGCAAGGGGGGUCAGCUGGGCUGAGGACUUAUGGUGUUAAAGCCCUGUACAGCACUCAGUGCUUCCACCCUUUUGAGCUCGUCCAGCUCUGAAUUGGCUAGUGCUUCCUGCUUCUCCGCUUGUGGAAUGGAGUGAUUGGAAGACCACAAGAAGUAGCAAAUGGUUUGCACUAGGUGAUAGGUAGAAGGCUGCUCGGGAGUGGUUUGCCGCCCCAGUUACCAUCCUAGCCUUUAUGGUUUUCCAUCUUCUGAUACGUCUUUGUGAAAUACAGCCGCAUGACCCAGAUGCCAGGCCAAGAUUGCACAUGAGGUCCUCAAAUCAUCAAAUGCAUGAUUCUUGCAGGAACCUUGGAAAUAUUUGUUGACAAGGUUCUUCUGCUUGGCAACCCAGUCAUGUGGGCGGCAUAGAAACAUCAUCAUCAUCAUCAUCAUCAUCAUCAUCAUCAUCAUCAUCAUCACCAUCAUUAUUAGGAGGGGCAUUUGGUCCAAAGGCCACAUGUAACAUUAAUACAAAUGUGGAGGCUUCCUGUUUCACAGGAAACUGCAGCUAUUCGACAACUAGAGUGUAACCCUAAACAAUGAUUAUCCUAAGACUUUUCAAAAGAGAGUUAUACGGCCUCAGUGGUCCAGCUUCUGUAUGGCGAUACACUGUUGGAAGUGGGAGGAGCCAAAUUCUCAGCUGCUGAGUUCAAAAUUCGGAAUAAAUUCCCUUGAAAUGAUGGUCACAGAUUGUGACUAUUAAGGCACCCAGGAUGCCUAGAGACUAGUAUCGUUCAGGUGUUUUUGUUGGGGUCGAUAUUUAAUUUUUGUAGCUGCCUUAGUUUUGUUUUAUUGGUAUUAUGUUUCCACAUAUUUAUUGUUAGAUCUUAUUGUGAAAUAUGUGCUUAAUUUUAUUGUAUAUUUACUAGACAUUCCGCGGUGGAGGUAAAUGCAGUGCUACCAUUUUCAUGUCUUUCUUUGACUCUUGUUUGAACCCAUGAUUGAAGCCGAAAAUGAUGAAAUAACAAGUCUUAGGAUCCACUCUCCAUUUUUCUCAUUUUGUUUUUA